AUGUCUGGAGAGUGGAAAGUUAAUCCAGACAACAGAAGAAGGCUGUUGCAGCUGCAGAAGAUCGGGAGCAACAAGAAGUGCGUUGAUUGCGAGGCACCCAAUCCUCAGUGGGCGUCGCCUAAGUUCGGUAUUUUCAUCUGUCUGGAGUGUGCGGGGAUUCACAGAGGCCUGGGAGUGCACAUCUCGUUUGUCAGGUCAAUUACAAUGGACCAGUUCAAGCCUGAGGAGCUUGAGCGCAUGGAGAAGGGAGGAAACGAGCCCUUCAGCGACUACCUGGCGUCGCACGGCGUGGACCUGAAGCUGCCUCCAAAGGUCAAGUACGACAACCCAAUCGCGGCGGACUACAAGGACAAGCUCACUGCGAGCGUUGAGGGCACCGAGUGGCAGGAGCCAGACCGCUCUGACUUCGACCCAGCAUCGCUCUCGGACACGGGCUCCGCGGUGUCUGGCUCCAACAAGGGGGCCUCAAUUGAUGCGUCUGCUGCCGGAAGCGCCCUCGGCGCUGGGGCAGCGCUCGGCCCCAAGGCCAGCGACGGGACGCCGCUGGGCUCGCGCCGCGGCUCGCCACAAAUUCCUGAUUCGCAACGCGAGAAAAACGAAGCGUAUUUCGCAGAGCUGGGCAAGAAGAACCAGUCCAAGUCGGACACCCUGCCUCCAUCCCAGGGAGGCAAGUACCAAGGCUUCGGCAACACUCCUGCGAAUCCACAGAAGAAGGACCUCAACAGCUCGAUGGCCACGUUGUCGCUCGGUAAUCUACAAAAGGACCCUCUGGGCACUUUUUCUAAAGGCUGGAGUCUCUUUUCUAGCGCCAUCACCAAGUCCAUGGAGGAGGUGAACGAGUCCAUGAUCAAGCCUGGUGUACAGCAAAUACAGUCCAAGGAGCUGUCGGAGGAAGCCAAAAGGGCGGCUGCUCAGUUUGGCCAAAAAUUUCAGGAAACCUCCACCUACGGGUACCAAGCGUUUUCCAACUUUACAAAGAACUUGCAGGAGCAGUAUCAGCAAGGGCCGGCUACUGACAGUCAGUUUACGAAGCUGUUUGAUAGUAUAAGUCAGGAACGGGAGCAGCAAGUCAAGGACUCGGCAACUGGCGCCUCGGGAGCCAAGGCUAAGAAGUCUGAGGAAGAUGAAUGGGAUGAAUUUUAG